AUUAUGAGUUCACUGAAAGCUAGUCUUUAAAAGUUGCAGCUUUUCUUCUCCACAAAAUCUUCCCCCUCUUAAAGCUGACAGAUUUCCUCUCCGGCAUCAAAACUCCCUUUUCUUCCCAGCCAUUGAUCUGAUUUCCCUUUUUCUUUUUUACUGGAUAGUGGUGUGCGUAUGAGUGAAAGAGAUGCAAUGUUGGAUUAUGAAUGGGGGAACCAAUCGGCGACGGUGAUGUUUUCCGGGGAUGAAACGGCGGCGGCGGCCCAGAACCACCGCCAAUUCUUCGACCCUUAUGGUGGGCAACAGACUGGCGGCUUCGACGACGCCGCGGCGGCUGGGGGGAGUUUGGUGGGCCCCAGCGCCCAUUUCGCCGGAGCUGACCACUUGCAGCUGUUCCACCACCACCACCCCGGGGAGCAGGCGGGUCAGGAGAACAGUGCUCACUUGUGCUCUCUCUACGAUCCACGCGCGUACGGCGGCGCUGCGGCGGCGGCGGCGUUUCAGCAUGGCUCUCAUCAGGUGCCGUUGCUCUCCCAGGAGGCGGCGGGGUUCGUGGUGGUCCCGAAGAGCGAGCCGCUGGGCGGGGUUGAGUUCUCCGGCGCCAGCCUGGGGCUGAACUUGGGCGGGAGGACGUACUUCUCGUCGGCGGAAGAUGAUUUCGUGAACCGGCUUUACCGGCGGUCCAGGGCUGUCGACGCCGGGUCUUUCAACACCCCUCGGUGCCAAGCCGAGGGCUGCAACGCCGACCUAACCCACGCCAAGCACUACCACCGCCGCCACAAGGUGUGCGAGUUCCACGCCAAAGCCGCCACCGUCAUCGCCGGCGGGUUGACUCAGCGCUUCUGUCAACAGUGUAGCAGAUUCCAUGUCCUGUCGGAAUUCGAUAACGGCAAACGAAGCUGCCGCCGCCGCUUGGCCGACCACAACCGCCGCCGGAGGAAAAACCCCCAACAACCAAACCGUGAAACCGCCUUCAACAACACUCAUCAUCUUCUUGAUAAUGCCCAAAAUUCCUCGUCCGACACCCUUGCAAGGUCUCCGUCAGAUUCAGGAGCGAAUUCAUCACCGUCGGUGACGGUGGCGGUGUCGCCGCCGAGAAUGUCGAUAGACUGCUUCGGACAGAGAUCGUACGGUUACCUGUCGAAUGCGGCGGCGGCGGCGGGGUCAUCUGCAGCGUCAGCAAGCUCACUCUUCUUCUCGCAUGGCUGAUUUUAGUUUAUUAGUUAUAGGAGUUAACCUUGGAAAUUAUGAUCUAUCUACCUAUCCAUUUUCAAGCUCCAACAACUACUACCUACAUAGUUUUAAUUAGCUACUGCUAAGAAUUGAAUAACAUAGUAAAAAAACAUGCAGUCCCCAGAUCAGAUCACCUUUUAAUUAAGCUCCAGUAUGCAGGUUGUUUAAUUUUAAUUUCAUGUUAAUUAUAUUAACCCCUACUUAAUUAUGAAAUAUGAAUUAUGGGUUUUUUCUUUC